AUGCUUAAGAGGAGUGCAGCGAAGAGCAGCAGCAGCAGCAGCAGCAGCAGCAGCAGCAAAGGAUGUGUUGCUGCAGCACAUGCUCCUGCUGCUGCACCUGCUGCUGCUCCAGCUGCCGCUGCUACAGCAGUUGCGCCUCCUCCGGCUGUUGCAGCUGCUGGUGGUGCUGCUACUGCUGCAGCUGCUGCAGCUGCUGCGGAAACCGUAGAGCCCAGCGGCGGCAGCAGCAACAGCAGCAACAGCAGCAACAACAGCAGCGACAAGGGGGGGGAAGAUUCGGCCGCUAGCUCAGGUGCAGCAGCAACGCCACUGCAGCAGCAACAGCAGCAGACGCAGCAGCAGCCGCAGCAGCAGACGCAGCAGCAGCAGGUGCUGAGUCCUCCGAAAGAAGUGAAGGAAGAGCAACAGCAAGACCAACAGCAGCAGCAGCAGCAAGUGCAGAAGCAGCAGCAGCAGCAAGAGCAGAAGCAGCAGCAGCAGCAGCAGCUCAAUCCAAAGCGGCAGUGUCACGAACGGACACCUGUAGAGGGAAUGCAGCAACAGCAGCAACAGCAGCAACAGCAGCAACAGCAACAACAGCAACGGCAGCAACUGCAACAGCAGCAACAGCAGAAACAGCAGAAGCAAUUGCAGCAACAGCGACAGAAGCACGAGCAAGAGCAGCAGCAACAGAAGCAGAAGCGACAACGUCAGCAGCAACAGCAGCAACAGCAGCAGCAACAGCAGCAGCCGCAGCAGCAGCAGCAGCAGCAGCAAGGGAGGGACCCUGUACUGUCAAAUGCUCGCAAUGCUGCGCUGCUGCUGCUGCUGCAGCAGCAGCAGCUGCGGCACUUUCAGGCAGCAGUUCUGCAGCAACUGCAGCAGGAAGCAUCACCGCAGCUGCAGCAAGAGGCGCUGCGGUUGCUGCUGAUGCAGCAGGGGCAGCAGCAGCGCUUGCCGCAGCAGCAACAGCAGCAGCAGCCGCAGCAGCAGCAGCAGCAGAGGCCAUAUCAGCAGUCGCUGCAGCAGCUGCUGCAGACACCAGCGCUUAUGCGGCAGCAGCUGCUGCAGCAGCUGCUGCUGCAGAUGCAGCAGCAGCCAGAAGCAACCCAAGCGCAGCAACAGCAGCAGCAACAGCAGCAGCGGGUUUUGCCGUCAACAGCAGGCGUCGCUCCCGCUGCUGCUGCAGCAGCAGCAGCAGCACUCCAGAGCAGUGCUGCAGCAGCAUUUGCAGCAAAAGCAGCAAGCGCAGCAGCAGCAGCAGCAGGACGGCGCGUAGCACCCACUGCAGCAAAUGCUGAGCUAAAGGGUGCUGCAGCAGCAGCUGCUGCAGCGCACCGACAGCUGCAGCAGCUGCAGCAGCUGCAGCAGCUGCAGCAGCAGCAGCAGCAACAGAGACCCAACACUGGCAAUGCUGCUGCUCCCCCUAUUACUAUUGUCGUAAGCGAUGACGACUCCAGCGGCGGCAGCAGCAGCAGCACCGUCAGCAGCAGCAGCAGCAGCGAGGAGGAUGCAGCAGCACGCAGCACGGAGGUACGCCCAAGUGCUGCAGGGAGGCAGCAGCAGAGGGGCAAACACAGCAGCAGCAUGGGGGUCACCAUAGACAUUGAGGGGGAUGCAGCAGCAGCAGCAGCUGCUGCCGCUGCUGUGAACAGCGAAACCCCUCUUGCAGCAGCAGCAGACCGUGCUGCAGCAAUAGCAGCAGCAGCAGCUGCUGCUGCAUCGUCGCGUAGCCACAGAGCUGCUGCUUCCCCUCGGCGGGCUGCCACUGCAGCAGCAGCUGACUGUGUUAUCCACGGGAGCAGCAGCAGCAGCAGCAGCAGCAAAAGCAGCAACAGCAGCAAGACUGCACCAACACGCUGCCGCGAUUGCCUCUAUGUUGUUGCCACCUUCAGCGCUUUCUGCCGCUGCCCUCCGAAGCAGCAGCAGCAGCAGCAAGAUGGCUACAGCAGCAGCAGCAGCAGCAGCAGCAGCAGACGUGUGCGUGGUUCAUUAACGCGUCUGCAAUGGAGCGCAGACUCUGCUGCUGCAUCAUCAUCAGCAGCACCAACAGCAGCAGCAACAGCAGCAGCAGCAGCAGCAGCAGCAGCAGCAAAUAAUAUUCCUCCUUUGCUGCGGGGAUGGAGGGCACAAUUGCGGUGUAUAGAUGGGCAUUCUUUCUGGAGGGAUUACCAAGAACUUAAAGCUGGAUUAUGGUGUUGCGUUUGUCUCGCCUCGAGUUUCUUCACGCCUGGCGCACGACUAAGAGCCAUGAGUAGAGACAGACAGUUGGAGCAGGCGAUCCGCGAGAAGCAGCAGCAGUUGCUGCAGGAAGCACGGCAGCAAAUGGCAGCAACAGCUGCUGCUGCUGCUGCAGCAGCUGCUGCUGCUGCUGCACGAGCUACCCCACUGCCACCAAGCUUCAGGCCCAAUCGUGUGCAGCAGCAGCGGAUGCCUACUGCAGCACAAGCAGCAAAUGCUGCAGCAGCAACAGAAGCCCACUGCCGUCAGCAGGCAUCUCAAGAUGUGAUUGAAUUCCGACGAAAGCAGCAGCAGCAGCAGCAGCAGCAGCAACAGCAGCAGCAGCAGCAGCACAGCAGCAGCAGCAGCGGGAAAUGUUUAACAGAAGAACAAGCAUUAGCAGUACGACGUAUAUUAGCUGCUAAAGGGAGAGGAUGUUUAUCUGUCUUACAGGCUGGUCAAUUAUAUGGUGCUGAUGGAGUAAAAACAGCACAAAAAAGAUUUCGUCUUUUAGCUCUGCAGGUACACCCGGAUAAGAACCCUCAUCCAUUGGCUGCAGAGGCGAUGCAUUUAUUGACUGCUGCAUUACAAGAAGCAACAGCUCUCUUUCGCCGAGUGUUUACUACUUUAGUUGACGCAACAGAAUUAGCAGCAGCAGCAGAAGCAGCAGCAACAGCAGAAGCAGCAGCAGCAGCAGCAGCAGCAGCAGCAGUAGAAGCAGUAGCUGCUGCAAUAGCAGCGGAAGUAUCUGCUGCUGUUGCAGCAGCAGAAGCAGUAACUGCAGCAGUGGUAUGA